ACUUAGGCCGGGAGUUGGUUCCUGGCAAUUGCACGCUCUCAGGGUCGCUGGGGCUUGGGACCGCCGGCCAGGGAGUUUUACUGAUUGCCCUACAAACUAGCGGGGGAAAGUUCACUCCAUCCUCGACGGGACUGGUACUUUCGUUCUAAAAAGCUCUCGUUUCCUUGGGGAACAGAAUUGCUAGACGCAAUAGGUGCGUUAUCUUUAGUCUUCCCCGUUCCCUCUGCGGAUCGGAAGGGGUUAAAUCUCAGGCUCCGGCGCCGUGGGAGAAGUUAUAAUUCAAUAUGUUUCCACUGAUGGAGGAGAACAAGCAUGUGGCUCAGUUGUUGUUCAGUACUGGUACUUGUCCAAGAUGUAUCUUCAGAUUCUGUGGUGUGGAUUUGCAUGCACCUUACAAACUUCCUUACAAGGAGUUGCUCAAUGAACUACAGAAAUUUCUGGAAACUGAAAAAGAUGAAUUAAUUUUGGAAGUUCCAAACCCACCUCCCAAGAAAAUUCGACUACAAGAACUAGAAGAUGGGAUUGAUGGGAUUGAUAAUCUGAGUCAAAAUGGAGAGGCAAGGGUCUCCGUUAUUGAAGAUGGAAGCAUUGCUUCCAAGAACUCAAAUUUAAAAGUAUGCAACGUAUGUCUAGGAAUUCUUCAAGAAUUUUGUGAAAAAGAGUUCAUUAAAAAGGUGUGCCAGAAGGUUGAGGCCUCUGAGUUUGAAUUUACCAACUUGGUAUUUUCAGUCUCCUUCCCACCACAGCUAUCUGUAAGAGAGCAUGCUGCAUGGUUGCUGGUAAAACAGGAAAUGGGAAAGCAGAAUCUGUCACUGGGAAGAAAUGAUGUAGUUCAGCUUAAGGAAGCCUACAAAUGGAUAACUCAUCCCCUGUUUUCAGAGGAACUGGGUAUCCCCAUUGAUGGAAAGAGCUUGUUUGAAGUGAGUGUGGUCUUUGCUCACCCAGAAACAGUUGAGGAUUGCCACUUCCUACGUGCACUAUGCCCAGAUUGUUUCAAGCCAGCCAAAAACAAACAGUCAGUAUUCACUAGAAUGGCAGUUACGAAAGCUUUGAAUAAGAUAAAAGAAGAGGAUUUCUGCAAGCAGUUUCCUUGUCCUCCAAAGUCACCAAAGGCUGUAUGCACUGUUCUUGAAAUUGAGUGUGCUCAUGGUGCUGUUUUUGUGGCUGGGAGAUACAAUAAAUAUGCCAGGGAUCUACCACAAACUCCAUGGAUAAUUGAUGGAGAAAGGAAACUGGAAUCUUCAGUGGAAGAAUUAAUUUCAGAUCAUCUUUUGACAGUAUUCAAAGCAGAGAGUUUUAAUUUUUCAUCCUCUGGAAGAGAAGAUGUAGAUGUGAGAACGUUAGGAAAUGCUCAAAUGUUAACUCCAUCAACAUGUUUCUGUUUCAUGACGGGGUGUGUGCUGCCAGGAAGGCCCUUUGCAAUUGAGCUGGUGAAUCCUCAUAGAGUACAUUUCACUUCACAAGAAAUUAAGGAACUUCAGCAGAAAAUUAAUAACUCAUCUAACAAAAUCCAAGUCCGUGACUUGCAGCUUGUCACAAGAGAGGCAAUAGGACAUAUGAAAGAAGGUGAAGAAGAGAAGACCAAGUCCUACAGUGCCUUAAUAUGGACAAAUAAAGCAAUACAGAAGAAAGACAUUGAUUUUCUAAAUGACAUAAAGGACUUAAUGAUUGACCAGAAAACACCCCUACGGGUCCUUCACCGGAGGCCCCUGGCUGUGAGAACCCGCAUCAUUCACUCCAUGGAGACGCACUAUGUGGAUGAGCAUCAUUUUCGCCUCUACCUGAAGACUCAAGCUGGAACCUACAUUAAAGAGUUUGUACAUGGAGACUUUGGGAGAACCAAGCCAAACAUUGGCUCUCUGAUGAAUGUGACUGCAGACAUUCUUGAGCUGGAUGUUGAGUCUGUAGAUGUUGACUGGCCUCCUGCUUUGGAUGACUAGCUUUCAAAUUUGGAAACAGAGCAGGGUUUUUCAUGGCACGCUGUGGACAUCAAUUCAGCAUACACUGUAAAAUGGCUAUUUACUCACCAUUAACAGUGUCUUGGCAACUAUUUAGAUCAUGUUGAUCUAUGUAUUUUUUAAUUUGUUGUAAUAUCUCAGGAUCUAUAUAUCUAUAUUUAGUGCUAACUUGUUCUAAGGAUGUCUUAUGAUUUUUAUUGUUCCCUCUCCAACCCCCCACAUGCCAAAGUAUGAAUGAAACCAUUCUCUAAAUUUUAGAGAGGUGUACAAACAGGACACAUUUUCUGAUAAUCUGAGAAACUGUCAUUUCUUUUAGCAAAGUUUCCCUCCACAAGAGACCUACCACCUUUAAAAUCAUGUUCUAAAAUUUUUUUAAUGAUGUUGAUAAGUUAUAUUUAGAUUUAUGCAGCACUGUAUCCUAUAGUAUUCUAAGAUAUAAAAUGCAAACCUGACAUUAAUAUUUUUCCCAGUAAGCUUCAAGCAAACUAUUACAUAAGUAGUUUUUGGUGUGAUCUGUCAUAAAUCUUAAUGAAUUCAGGUUACUAUUUUGGCAAUCUAAAAUUGUCAAUACAUUUCCUUCCUGGGGAGGGAAAGUAAAACCUUAGGUAAUGAGGCAUAUAACAUAGUUAAGAAACUUGCAUAUAUCUCUUAAAUAAGAGACAUGAGUGCCUUCAGUUAACUUCAAUCCCAGGGAUAAGAUUCUUAAAAACUGACAUUUGUAGUCAAAGAUAAACUGGUUUUAUUCCAAAGUGCUUCAAUAUAUUACCCAAUUUCAAACAUUUUGUUAAGUAGGUAGGGUAUUAUCAUCUUCAUUUUAUAAAUAUGAUAACCAAAGACUAGAAAUUAAGUGACUUAUCCAAAGUUUAGUUACUUCCAUAUGUAGGACUAGAACUCAGUUUUGCUGGUUUCUAGGGUCAUUUCCAAUAAACCUUAUUAUUGAGCACCUGCUGUGCAAAGGAGGCACCCAAGUAUGCAAUUUAAACUCACAUAACCAUGAGAAUUGACUUUUGGAAAUUUAGAUACCAAAUCAAGGAACUUAACAAAAACCAGCCCAAGUAUAUUUAAUAUGAUCAUAUAUGAUUACCAUUUGCUGUGUAAAUUAAUCAUCAGUUAGUGCUAUGAGGAAAAACAUUAAAUAAGCAAAACCGAAAGAAAAAAGAUGUGUCGUUAAAUGUUUCAGAAAGGAGUCUUAUUAAAAUUAAAGAUUUAAGUAAUUGCCAUUACCCUGUAUCAACUAUCUAAGCUUAUUUUUAAAAACAUGUGACUUGCAUAGUAUUGGGUUAUUCAGUCUCCCAUCUCUUCAUUAAACAUACUUAUAGAUACUAAGAUGUAUUAGUCACUUUAGAAAACAGGAAGAGAUGCAUAAUAAGAUUUAAUUAUGCAAAUAAUACCAAAAUUUUUUUAAAGUAUUUUUCAAUGCCAGAAAAUGAGAAAGGGAUAAUAGAAAUAAACUUGAAAAAAAGGUAAGAACUUUUGUGUGAAUGUUUCUCAGUUGCUGGGGAAAUUUUGUGAAAGAGAUCUAAGUAAUUUGGGAGAGACAGUCUUCUGUGUGAUUCUUUUUUGGCUCAGCUUUGAAUUCAAUGUAUCUGCAAAAUGGAAGAACUAAGAACCUCAAUUUAAAAACUUAAAUUAGAAGACUUCCAGUUCUUAAAUUCUGUUCCAAAGAUUAUGCAAAAUUUCAAGCAAAGAGUAAACAUUAGCUGUAAAUAUUUAUUCCAAAUGUUCAUAUAACUGUGAGACACAGGUUGUUAAAAAUUAACAUAGGUCUUUGCUUUAGGCAGAACUGGGAACCUUAAGUAAUGAGAAUACUACAGUUUCACUUUUGCCUAUAUAAAAUUUUUAAAAUUAGUUUUGUGAUCUAAUAUUUAUAGCUUUGUAUAAAUUUAAAAUAUUUUUAGUAACACUUAAAGGCCCUUUGUACUUCUUCUUAUCUCUCUGUCCCAAAUAUAGUCUGAGAUUUAGUGUAGAAAAAAAUCAACUCUGAAUACCUAGAAAAGCAAAAAAAAUUUGGUAAAAUGGAAAAUUUCCCAAGUAAGAGAAAUGAUUACAAGUUAUGCAAAGUAAAUUUAGAAGUUAAAUUUCCAUUUCCAAAGAGAAAAAUAUUCUACUUAGAUUUUUAGAGCUCUAUUCUUGAUUUUUAGUCCACAUAAGAAAAUAAACUGUUUAUCUGAGUUGAUUUUUUGAAAUGGUACUUUUAUUAUAGAAAAAAUAUUACAUUUAUAAUGACAUUAAAAAUUUUUUCUCAUAGGAAAGUGCAAAGGAACUACAAAGAGCCGUUUUUUUCCUUGACCACUAAACCAACAAUGUCCAUCACCCUAAAUACAUUAUCAUGAAAUUCCUACAAAUGAGGACCUUCUUCUACUUCACAUUAGUAUAACUAUUAACUCAGGGAAUUAACACUGAUAUUACUGUUAUCCACAGAACCCACUCAAGUUUCACCAGUUAUCCCAAUAAAUUACUUCACUGUCAAGGGAUCACACUUUGCAUUUAACUAUUGUCUCUUUUGUCUCCACCAAUCUGGGAACAGUUCAUCCUUCCAUACUUAACAUUUUUUGCAGAUUUCAGGCCAGUUGUUUUGUAGACGGUUUUUCCAUUUAGCUUUGCCUAAUAUUCUUUAUUAUUAGAUUCAAGUUGUACCUUUCUAGCAAGAAUACCGCAGACGAGAGAUGAUCAUCUUAUCAGGUGUCACAAUUUUGGUUUGUUCACUUACUGAUAACUGGGCGUUGAACAGUGAAUGAAGAUAGUGUCUGCCAAGCAUCUUUACUUUUAUCCUUUAAUUAGUAAGUAUCUUGUAGGGAGACCAUCAGACUUCCACUCACUAGUUUUAGCAUUCAUUUAAGAUUUUCACCUGAAUCAAUUAUUGUGUCCUUUUGACAUUCCCCAUCAUUCUUGGAGCAUGUUCUUACUUUCUAAUGCAAAAAGACACUCCAGGCUUAUCUUGUAUUUUAUCUACAUCUGUCCUGGAAUGGGCUAUUUCUCUAAUUAAACAACUGAUUCCUUUUAGUGGAAAAUGAUAUUCAGAAACCAAGAUCUGGGCACCAGGUAUGCUCAAUGCUAUACACACACACACACACACACACACAGCUGUAUUCGUCUACAUACACUGAAAACUAUGAGUGUAUACCAGACCAGUACUUCCAAUUCCAACCUUAUUCUAGUUUUCUCCCUUUCCAUAUUUGUAGGUCCUUUCUGACAGUGAGAAAUCUGGUUCUCAUUAGCCUUAAUACAUUUACUUAAUAGAUCAGUCCCCCACAUAAAUAACCCAUCUCCUACUGCCACAUCCUUACUCCAGUUCACCAAGACUCCCCCUCUAUUACUCUCAAUGUUCUCAGGAUCCACACUGAAAUUCCACACUAGGCCCCUUCACCACCUCCACCUCCUGUGGCAAUACUACCUGUAAGCAAAUGACUUUUGUCCUGAAUCAUUCAGGAGAGAAGACAAGCAGGAACCAAGUCAGGAAGGCAGAAAAUGAAAAUCUUUUAAAAAGAACAUUUCAGUACUCUACAAAAUUAUAAUUUCAAAGGACAGUUACAUAUGCAAGUAUAUUCAGCUACAGCAUUCUGUAAAAAUGCCUAAUGUUUCUAAGCAACCAGAACUACCUUUCCCUGUAAGAGGAAUGCUAUAAAUAUGAAGAAAAUCUCAGUAUUUUUGAAGUCAAAUAGAAACAAAAUUUUAGUAAUGGUUUUAGAAUUUUUCCAUUUAUUAUAUUACCACACACACAAAAAUCAUUGAAUUCAAAAUUACAAAAGUAAUAAAAUAUUCUGUACAAUAAAAUGCAUUGACAUUUUAAAAAAUGAUUGCAUCUUGACAUCUCAUUUAAUAUUAAAUAAUUGAACAAUACCUGAGAACUUUAAAAAAAUCACUUUCUUCAGUGCCCCCAAAUUCAUUAUAGCCAUUAAGAAGCAUAUAAAAAUACUUAGAACUGUCAAAAAACAGAAUAGUGCCAUUCUGUGAGGAUCUGGAUUCAUCAGAGUCAACAGUAUUUUUAAAUACAUUCUUCUAAAAUAGAAGUCAUCUCUGAAGGGUUAAUUUUAACAGUGCAUUUAAGAAUGCCCAUAACCCGCAAAAUUUUGUUUUCCUUCCCAUCUCAUCUUAAAACUAAACUGUGCACCAGUGACCAACAUUUUCAACUAAUUAUCCAAUAAAAGUAAGUGUGUCACCAA